AUCUCGUUCCAAAAAGAAAAAUUAAGGGGAGAAGAAAUAAAAAUGAAGAAAAAGGGCUGUUUUUUUCAAUUUAUUCCUAAUUUCUAUUCUUUCUUUUCUGUUUAGCAAAACAAAAACAAAAAUAUGAGUGAUCUUAACUGGUGUACAUAUUGUGAUAAAGCUAUUAGUGUUCAUUCAAACUCUUUAUAUUGCUCCGAAGAAUGCCUAAGAGCUGAUGCUUUAAAUCAUCACCCGUUAUUAGGUUAUGAUUAUGCUGAACUCAAAGGCUUUCCUCAUUCUUCAACUUCACCUACAUUAACAGCCUUGUCUUCUUCUUCUACAGUAUCUUUAUCGCCCUUAUUAUCCCCUAUUCCUUCAUCACUAAAAGAACCGUCCACAUUUCAAUUAAAUUUUGACAACCACGAUACGAAUAACAAUUCUCUUUACCAACAUAUCUAUCAACAGAAGCAACAGCAGCAAAAUAAUCGAUGUAUUCAAAAAGAACCUUUUAUGAUGAAUACAAAUAAAAAUUCACUUAUCUAUUUACAACCGUGGAAUGGUUAAAACCAGGAUACUUUCCUUUUGAAAAACUGAAGAUGAAAAAAAAAAAACUUAUGUCUAUACCCUGUUUCUCUUAAUCUGUUAAAUAAUUACAACUUGCAUUUCCUUCUUUUAACUACAUAUUUAUUUAUUUAUGUUUUCUAUUCGUUUUAUGAAAAGAAAAAAAAACAAAGACACUCAUUUCAUUGAUUAACAAUUACAUAUAAUAAAAAUAGUUAUCAUAGUUUUUUUUU